UCGUGUCGGAGAAGACAGUUUGUAGACAACACAAUUGGCUGUCAACUGUCAUGGCGUCGGCCAAAUUAUCACCGACAGCAAAUUUGCUGCGGAAGUCUCGUCUGUUUGCACUUCCGCAAGCCUUGACUCCUCCCCCAAGCCCUGCGACCUCGAGAACUGUCCGUGAAUCCGACACCUCAACCCUCCCUCAUCCUAUCAGAGCAUCCAUUGUCACACCAGCGUCGUCGCUAGCAAGGGGAGACUGGGGUCUCAAGCGUGCCCUUCCGGCAAAAUCGACGUCUCUUAAGUCAUCUCGGCCCGUUGUCAGGAUCAAUGCCAUUGAUACCUUCGAACAUGUUACCGACUUCGAAUCCGCAGCAGAUCACACCGUGACUCUGGAGAAAUUCCAAGAGCUUCAUAUGCCGAUAUCCCUUCCCUCAAAAGUCAACUAUGCCACGAGCAUUACGCCAAGACAUCAAAGUCCUUUUGAGUCACACGUCGACAACACAGAGGCCAGCAAAGGGUUGGAAAAGCCGGGAGCCAAACAGUUCAGGCAUACUGGCCCAUGGCUUGCAGGACAGACGGAAUCGGAAUUCAACGCAUAUCUGAACAACGUACGGAAGAAGAAGCCAGAGCUGUUAAAGAAGCUCCGAGAGCUUUUUGUCGCGAACCGGAACGCUGAGCGACGGAAGCAGGCUCAAGAUAACGGGGAGGAUCUGGAGACUCUUGCCCCCGUUGAGAUCACUGAGCAAGACUUUCAAAACUACCUCAAGUCCCUACGUACAGAUCCCUUUUCUCUCGGCCCGAUAGUCUUCGAGUUGCUGGAUCUCCCUUCCCCUCCCGCGAUACCCAGCGACCGGAUUGGCCAAAAGUAUUACCAGUCUCCCGGAACGAAGCUAUCCUCGGCAGAAUAUGCUGGCUCUGGACCUCCAAGGACGCAUCCUUCAGCCGGUCUGUCCUAUGCACGAUCUCAUGCUCUGAUCUACAACCACCCACAACACGGGCCCCAGACUUACCAGCGCCCCGUGGAGGCACGUAUUUUGCGGCCAAAGGGUAGAUUCAAGGGCAAAACCUCCAAGGCAAUUGCUGGUGUGGGUGGUAUUGCAGUGGAGGAUUUGAAUGCUAUGACAUUCGUCGAGCAGGGCGCACCGGCCGGCCUGGCCUCUUUCGAUGCAACCAUCCCCGGUGGUGCCAAAUACUGGGUCACCCCUAUCCGAGCCUCCGUUGACUCCAGUGGAAGGAUCGCACUGGCAUCCUACCGCGCUAGUGCUGCCUCCAAGGCUCCAUAUGACAUCCAAGAAUACAAGAAGACUUCCCCUACUCGCGGAAUGGACUUGUCCGAGUUUGUUCGUGACCGUCAGCGAUCAGUCCCCAGACUGGAUAGAGCUCGCACUUCUGCGAACCCCGUCCAGGCACAACAACCAGAGCAGCCCACCGAGGAUAUUGCGAGGAGCCUUCUCAAGAGUCUCAGCUCCUAGUGUGCAAUUCGGAUACUUCCUCCAAUCACUUUCCUCUUUUUUUUCUCAGUAUGUGGUUGGGGGCAACGCG